UUCCGUCAGACCUGCGAAGGUGACAGAAAACGUGUGCAGUCGGACAGCAGUGGAAAUUUCCAGCUCAGCAAAAACGAACAUUUCCCACAGAAUGUCGUCUGUCGUAGUCGUAACCAGGCAGUUAUUCCGUGUACAGAGGAUAUUCCACCAUCUGAGAAUGUCCUCGACAGCUGCAGCCCAGCCUGAGGUCCUGAUGGAGAAGCAGAGAAACGUGGGAAUCAUCACCCUGAACCGACCCAAGGCUCUCAACGCACUCAACCUCAACAUGAUCAGACAGAUAUACCCACAACUCAAGGAGUGGGAAGAUAACGAUGACACGACCAUGAUCAUCAUGAAGGGUGCAGGAGACAAGGCCUUCUGUGCUGGAGGGGACAUCAGAGCGGUGACAGAAGCUGGGAAGGCAGGAGACCGUCUUGCUGCUGACUUUUUCCGAGAGGAGUACAUCCUGAACAAUGCAAUUGGCACCUGUCCUAUACCUUACAUAGCAUUCAUCGAUGGGAUCACCAUGGGAGGAGGAGUAGGUUUGUCAGUCCACGGCUUGUAUCGUGUUGCCACAGAGAGGACGUUAUUCGCCAUGCCUGAAACUGCUAUAGGUCUGUUUCCUGAUGUAGGUGGUGGGUACUUCCUGCCCAGGCUAGGUGGUUCCCUGGGCAUGUACCUGGCUCUCACCGGAUACCGGUUAAAGGGCAGGGAAGUCUACAAGGCCGGCGUGGCCACACAUUAUGUAGAGUCUAACAAGCUGCCAGCCUUAGAAGAGGAACUGAUGUCUUUGGAAGAGAAGCGUUCUUCUGCUCAAAAGAUUGACGAACUGCUGACAAAAUAUCAUAAAGAGACCAAGAGAGAGAUGCCAUCUGUGCCGGACUUUUCUCUGGAACCACACAUGGACAAAAUCAACAGCCUGUUUUCCGGAGACAGUGUAGAGGAGAUUUUUGAGGCCCUGAUGGCAGAUGGGUCUGAGUGGGCCAUGCAGCAGUUGGAGAAACUGAAGAAGAUGUCGCCCACCUCGAUGAAGAUCACCCACAGGCAGCUGUCCAUGGGGGGUCAUCUCAGUCUACAGGAGUGUCUGCAGAUAGAGUACAGGAUGAGCCAGGGAUGUGUGAGAGGGCACGAUUUCUACGAGGGAGUCAGAGCUGUUCUUGUGGACAAAGAUCACUCGCCCAAGUGGAACCCUAGCACGUUGGAAGGGGUGACACCCGGGAUUGUGGAUUCUUACUUUGAACCUAUACCUCUCUCCUAUCUUCCCGCCAAGGAACUGCAUCUGUGAACGUCAAACACAUUGACGCCUUCCUACUUCAGUGAAAGACAAAAGAACUUUAACACAACAUAAACACCUUACAAAAUGCCAACUGUGUGGCACACAAUGUACAUGAUCAAGGAAAGGUAGUAAGGCCACACCAAUUUAAUUUUUUGUUCUCAGAAUUGCCUCUUCAUUUUUUUUUCUGAUUUGAAAAAAAAAAGAUUCUGGUUCUGAGUCAACUCUCAUAUUUUUCCCUCAACAGUUCAGGAAAGCCUUUUUCUUCCUAGUCCGUACAGUUUUUCCAUCUAUCAAUGCAGUCGUUUGAUUAAAAGUUAAAAAUUCAUUGUUUAAAUAUUAACCCAGCCUUUUGUGUUAA